UCCCUCCCUCCUCCUGCCAGCUUUGCAUCCUCGUCUCGCGCUGUGGACGGAGGCAGGCCCCCGAGCAUGGCGUGGCGCGUGGCCCCGCUCCUGCUCUUGGCGUUGGGAGCUUGCAGGGAGACCCGGGGCGCGUCCGGGGGGCCCCUGCGGGAGGGCGCCUCCCUGCUCAGCACCUCCUUCGUCCUGAAGGGCGACGCCAUCCACAACCAAGCGAUGGUCCACUGGACGGGCGACAACAGCAGCGUUAUUCUGAUCCUCACCAAGUAUUACCACUCUGAUAUGGGCAAAGUAUUGGAGAGUUCUUUGUGGAGAUCCUCAGAUUUUGGAACACUAUACACCAAGUUGAAUCUACAACCAGGGAUUGCUACAGUAAUUGAAAACUUUUACAUCUGCCCCACUAACAAAAAAAAGAUCAUUCUUGUAAGUUCUUCCCAUAAUGACCUGGACCAGAGUCUUUUCAUUAGCACAGACGAAGGAGCUACCUUUCAAAAGCAGCCCAUUAGUUUCUUUGUGGAAACAUUGAUUUUUCACCCAAAGCAAGAAGACAAAGUGCUUGCCUACACAAAGGAGGGACAGCUCUAUGCAUCUCUUGACUUGGGGGUACAAUGGACUCUCCUGCAGGAUUAUGUCACAAAAGACCAUAUCUUUUGGGCUAUCGAUGGAGUUGAUGGAGACCCUAACGUGGUUCAUAUGGAAAUCCAGGAUCCCACUGGAGAUUUUCGCUACAUGGCAUGUCAGCUUCAGAACUGCUCUGAUAAAACACUGAGAUCGCCUUUCUCUGGUAGUAUCGACAAGAACUCUUUAACAGUGCAGGACAACUAUAUAUUCCUCCAGACAUCAUCAGCAAAUCAAACAAAAUAUUAUGUGUCGUACCUUCGGAAUGAGUUUGUACAGAUGAAAUUGCCAAAAUAUGUGUUAGCUAAGGAUUUACAGAUUAUCAGCACUGAUGAGAGCCAAGUGUUUGUUGCUAUCCAGGAGUGGUAUCAGACUGACACGUACAACCUCUACCAGUCUGACCCACAGGGUAUUUCCUAUUCCAUCGUAUUAGAGAAUGUCAGGAGCACCAAGCAACCUGAAGAGAAUGUGCUAAUAGAUAUCCUGGAGGUGAGAGGUGUCAAAGGAGUCUUUCUGGCCAAUCAAAAGAUAGAUGGGAAAGUCACAACUCUAAUCAGUUUCAACAAAGGCCGCAAUUGGGGCUAUCUUACACCUCCAGCUGUUGAUAUGAAUGGUAAACCAACUGACUGCAAAUUGCCCGAUUGCCACCUUCACCUCCAUCUCCGCUGGCCAGACAAUCCAUAUGUGUCAGGAAUGGUUCAUACCAAGGAUACAGCACCGGGACUCAUAAUGGGGGCAGGAAAUCUGGGUGCCCAGCUUGUUGAAUAUAAAGAAGAAAUGUAUAUAACAUCAGACUGUGGCAAAACCUGGAGGCAGGUUUUUGAAGAGGAGCAUCACAUCUUGUAUCUGGAUCAUGGUGGAGUGAUUGUGGCCAUCAAAGACACCUCUAUCCCACUUAAAAUACUCAAAUUCAGUGUGGAUGAAGGCCAAACAUGGAACACUCAUAAUUUCACGAGCACUUCGGUUUUUGUGGAUGGCCUACUCAGUGAACCUGGGGAUGAGACUUUAGUCAUGACAGUCUUUGGACACAUAAGUUACCGCUCUGACUGGGAGCUUGUGAAAGUCGAUUUCCGUCCAUUUUUCCCACGUGAAUGUACUGAUGAAGACUAUGAACCAUGGGAGCUGACAAAUCUACAGGGUGAUCGCUGCAUCAUGGGUCAGCAGAGAAGUUUUCGUAAGAGGAAGAGCUCAUCGUGGUGCAUUAAAGGAAGAAGCUUUACGUCAGCACUCACUUCCAAAGUCUGUGAAUGUAGACCUUCUGACUUCUUAUGUGAUUAUGGAUUUGAGCGUUCAGCAUUACCAAAAUCUGAAUAUAGUGCAUGCUUUGCUGAUUUCUGGUUUAAUCCCGGAACACCUCCUGAAGACUGUGUCCUAGGACAGGCCUAUAGAAGCAGCACCGGAUAUCGCAAAGUUAUUUCUAAUGUGUGUGAGGGUGGUGUAGACUUACAGCAAAAUAUAUCUCAGCACCUGUGCCCACUGACUGCUCCCAAAGGACUUCAGAUAAGCAUUAAAGGGGAAAGUCUGGCUGUUAAGCCUGGAGAAGAUGUCACCUUUAUUGUCAGACAAGAUCAGGGAGAUAUUUUAAAUACCAAGUACCAAGUGAAUCUUGGUGAUGGAGUAAAGGCAGUGUACAUGAACCUCACGUUGACAGGGGAACCCAUUCAGCACCGCUAUGCAAAUCCUGGAGUUUACCGUGUCUCCGUGGUAGCAGAGAAUGCGGCUGGCCAAGAUGAAGCAAUUGUGUUUGUUCAGGUUCAGUUUCCACUGCAGGCUUUGCAUCUCGAAGUCGUUCCUGUUACUGGCAGAAACCAGCAGGUGAAUCUGACCGCCAUCAUCCUGCCAAGGAAUGCAAACUUCACACUGUUUUCCUGGUGGAUUGGAAACGACCUUCAGCCAGUUCUUACAUUGGAGAAUUUUUUGGUGACCAGUUUCGCAGAGAUUGGGGAAGUGAGAGUUACAGUUCAGGCUUCUAGCGGGAACUCCAUGCUCCAGGACUCCAAGACUGUCCAGGUUUUAGACCACUUUCAAGUACUUCCACUCAGAUUUUCUGAGCAUCUGGAUUUGUACAAUCCAGAUAUUCCAGCCUGGCGGGAAGACAUUGGCCAUGUGGUAACACAACGGAUAUCAAAGGAAACAGGCAUACCUGAAGAAAGUCUCGUGACAGUGGUAAAGCCUGGACUUCCCACAACGGCAGAUUUACAUGUUCUGCUAUCAGUUAAUCACUUGAAAAGGAAGAGAACCAUGUCUACCGAUAAGAGAAUAGCUGCUAUUAAGCAGUCUUUGAAUGCCCAUAACAUCACUUUCUUCACAAGAGGAGGACAGUGGGUCUUUGUGACUUUAGAUGGCUCCAAUUCAGAUUCUCAGAGCAUUGGAGGAGGUGGAGGGUACUGGGCAAUAAUGGCCCUUUUCAUCAUCUCUCUGGUGGCAGUAGGAGCGAUCAUCCUUUACAAGUUUAAAAGGAAAUUGCCAGGCCGAAAUGUCUAUGCCCAGAUGCAAAAUGAAAAGGAGCAGGAGAUGACCAGUCCAGUAAACCACAGGGAAAACACCCAAAACAUCAUCCAAGGGGAAGAGUUCAUUGAUGAUGACCUUGACUGUCAAACCCUAGGAAAUGCAAGAGUGACUCCUUCUGGGAGAGGUGGAAACUUGAACAGCUACAGAGUUCCCUUAUUGCUGAUGGCAGUCAGUGUCCAGUCCCAGGCAAUCUCUCAGGCGUGGUUCUGAGCAUUAAUUCCAGGGAGAUGCACAGUUACCUGAUUAGCUGAUAUUCCCAACCGAAUUCAUAGACAAGACUCUUCCACUGUUGGAUUCCUCCUUUCCCCCUCGGAAGACCUAACUAACCGCGGGAAGGAGAUUCUUACAUUGUCUUGACGUUAGGUACAGCCAUGUGUUGCUUGGAGAGAAAGUUAAUACACUUGGUGUUCAUGGCUAUUGACUUUUGUUUUUUACACCUCAAACUAAAAUAGCAGAUCUGUAGUCCUAGGCACACUUGCAACUACUUUUCUAUCUCAUGUGUCCUUUUCUUUCUGUAUGUCCAUUGAAUCAAAUGCAUACAGCACUGUGGCAGUAUCAAGUAGAAAGCUGUAAUUCUUGAGCCAUGAAGACUGGCUAGCAAAGCAGUUGGCAAGGUGAAGUAGAGACCUAGUGGAAGGCUGGGAAUGGUUUCCGAUUUGAAGGAGUGAUUCGUGGAUCCUGAUGUGGCACAACUGAAGAAUUCUGAGGAGAUGCUGCCAAGAGAGACACUGGAUCCUCCCUAGCAUGCCUCCCUCGGACGCAGUGGAAGCCUGGGCACAACAUCAAUAUGAGAAACAUGUCUGAAUGCUUCUUGUACUAUUCACCUUGCUACCAAGAAGCUCCCUGCCUUGUUUUGCUCCCAGACUAGGUUCCCUCCUUACAAAACACCAUCUAUCCUGCUGGAAGAGGGUCCCACUAGGCCAACUAGUAGUUUGCAACCCACAUAAUUACAUUGUAUUCAGCUUGGGCUGCCUUACCUUGUUUUGGUCUCCAGAACAGCAAGUGUAAUUACUUUAUUUUUACAUUUCUGUAACUGUUUUUGGUAUCUUUUUAAACUUUCUAUUUUUAUAGCUAUACAAACAUUCCUAUCUCAGGAUAGUGCUCUCGGAGCAGCAUAUUUGGAACACGCUGUUUUAUUAUUUCCCCUGUUUCUACUGUGGAGCUGAAGAAACUGAAAAUAUCACUGCCUUGGAUGUGUUUGACAAUCUGGUGAAUUAAAUUUCAGAAAUAAUUCCAUUUAAGCGAUUGCACUUUCUCAGUUUAAACCCCUCGGUACCGGGCCUCAUUCCUCAGAGUGGAGCCGAAGAGGACAAUUGUCUUUGUGUUAGAGUUGCUGUUAUUUGGGAGCUGUGCAAGUUUAGUUUUGUGGUUGCUUAUCCUACCCCUAGUAGAGACAAAAAUGGCACAGCUGCAGCCGGAAGAGUGACAUUUGCUCUGAGCGUCAUGUGUAGGAAUUACAAAGCUACUUGGAAUAGUGUACUGAACAUAUUUCUAAUAAUCUCACCAUCUGGAAAGAACUACCAGAGUGACCCCACUCCUCUUUAGCAGAGGUUUCUGAAUGCCAGUGAACAACCAAGCAUUAAAUAAGAGGAAAUUGUACUACUGGAUGGCAACAUUUCCAAGAUGCCAAUGCAUUCCUUCUGCUGAAAGCACAUCCCAUUUUGUCUUCAUGUAUAUUGUCCUCCUCCAAGCACUAAGGCAAAUCCUGCAGAACUAUGUCAAGCACAAUGCAUUCAGGAACUGACCGUCCAAGUGGAUGAGAAUACUGCUGGGAAUCAAUGGCAAGUCUUGUUUGCCACCCGCCUCAGGAUCUCUGUUUGUCUUUGUCUGUGAGCAAAUUGAAUUGCCCUGCAUAUUCGCUGAUAGAAGAGUGACAUCUCCUUGCUGCCUUACCUGUACACAAGAUAAGAACGGUGGCUGAGGGAAUACGGUACUAAAGCGCCUCAAGGAAAAAAAGAGGGAGUCCCCUGAAACAAUUUUUGUGCUUUGGAAUCCCUGGCAUGUUUGAACAAAGGGAUUAAACUCCUUAGUUUGCUCUUCAUGCCACUGAUGGCAAGGAAAACAUCAAAAACACCACAGAAGUAGGAGGAAACCAGUCCUGUAGACUGGAGAGCAAUUUUAUACACCCAACAAAAAAGGUAGGCGACUGAGGGUCUAGGGCCCACAUCUGUAGACAGAUAAGUUUUACAACUCUAACAGAAA